AUGCCAGCGUCCGAGCCAUCCAACGAGGCUCACCAGUGCAACUCCUGCUUCAAAACCUACCAACGACGUGACCUCCUCUUGCGCCAUCGACGCCGGUGUCUGCGGUCGAGCAAACCCAGGGUACGCCGGAAAGCGUGCAAUGCCUGUGUGCUGGCCAAGACCAAAUGCUGCUGCACGCAACCGACCUGCUCGAGAUGCGCCAAACGGGGUAUCCCAUGCGAAUACGUGUCUAGCGCCAACACAGCAGCUUCCAUCCCCUCCGACUCUUCCGACUCGUCCUCGUCCCCGGCGACCAGAGAUCAGCCCAGACCCGAGGAAACCCGCGUGAGCACAACCGAAUUCCCGUCGCUAUGGAGCCCUCAGAGCACGCUUGGUGAUCCCGGCGGCGACAGCUUGGACUCGUGGAGCUCCCAGAACUUCAUCUGGACCCUGGAUACCCUCGAUCUCCCGCCGUUGCCCUCGUCAGAAAGCGUAGUCCACGAAGUCACCCCGGGCCUGACGCCGGCAGUCCCGACCAGCCAUCCGAGCUUCACAUUUCCACUGCCCUCGGCUCCGUCGCCACAGUCGUACAGUACGCUGGUUGAGGAGACCUCCAUGGCGCUGCCGGGGCCAUUGAUUCCCGAUGUAUCCACCCUGGCCGGUCUGGGCGGCAGUCCUGAUGUGCCGGGGGUGCGGCCACCCAAUUACGUCCGUCUGCUUGCACAGUAUCCGAGACUCUUGCUUCAGGACGAUUUUUACUGUCCGUUCGUGCACCGCACCCUGUUCAACGAGCAUGUGGCGGACAUGACGAUUCUGCCGCACACAUCCAUGGCCAUUUGCUGCGGAAGUGCCUUGGGCGCCCAAGACGCCGCCGGCUACGUCAAGAGAGCCAUGGACGCGCAACGACAAAGCUUGAUCGAAUCAUAUCCCACCUACCACUGCAUGGAACAGUGGGACGCUCUGCACGCAAUGCUCCUAUACGAGAUCCUCGAGAUGGGCAUCGCGCCCGUCGACGCAUCCGAGAGUUGGAAACGGAAGCGCAGCACCAAAGGGCUAAAGUCACCCUUCCUCUCCAAAAUGACCCAGUGUUUCUCGCGGUCCUACCUCGAGUCGCACGAUACGGCCCUCCUGCCCCCGGCCGACGCCGGACCCGACGUCACAGACUCCUGGGUCAAAUGGGCCGUGGCCGAAACCGCCCGCCGCACCAUCUUCCUCGCCAAUAUUGUCAACUUCUUCAGCAACCGCGAUCUCAACUCGGGGCGCCAAUCGCCCUACUACGAGCCCCUCAACGACGAGCUCAUCAUGAAUAUGCCUCUACCCUGCGAUCAAGCGCUGUGGAGCGCCCGCACCGAAGACGAAUGGCGCAAGGCCACGCCCGCGUCCCCUGGCUCUUCAGGCACUACCGACCCUUUUUCAACCUUGGGCGCUGCUGGUGGUGAUAUUCCCGUCGCAGAGCAGCUCCCGAAUCACCAGCACCAACCCUCGCUCAAGACGCUUUUCUCCAAGUUCGCCCAGGACGAUCUCCGGGCGAAUUGCGCGACGAACGCGGGGUUUGCCGACUCCAAUGAGCUUCGGUCGUUUAUCAUUCUCUGUGCGCUGGAGCAAUUUGCGUGA